ACCAGACAAAGGCAGGCAGGAAGCCCUUCGGCUUGGCAAUGCGUGCGAGCAGAGAGAGCGCAAAUGCAACUGAAACCCCACUCCUUUUCUGAUAACGGAGAGGAAAGAGAGACAGAGAGAAGAAGCAGACUGGAAUUCCAACCCUCCUUCUAUUUAUGAUAGUUUAAGGUCUCUUUUUGAAAAUGUAUGACCGUUUGGAUCCUCGGCGCGAGCCUAGACGUGUUUCUAAAGGCAUCAUAGGUUACGUCGUCUGACCAAGGAGGGCUCGGGCGCUUUCCGUUCCUAUCCUUCGCUUCCCCCCUCUUGGUGAGGGGCUAUAYUGGAACAAGGUUUUGGGGCUUUUUGCAUUUGAAUCCUACUGCGCAACCAGACGGAUCACGUGGGAUGUGGAGUUGAUCGAUUUGCGCCGUUAAAUGUGAAAAGAGGAACGGGAAAAGGUCUGUUAAAAAAGCAUAACCGCUUUCUUCCGGAUUACAGGGGACUCUACUUUUACGGAGGGAAAUACGUCGGUGGGCUCGGGGACCCGGAGUGAUUUUUAUGCCUGUUUAAAAUGGAGACGCACAUAUCGUGCCUCUUUCCGGAAAUUUUAGCCAUGAUUUUCAGCUACUUGGAUGUAAGGGACAAAGGCAGGGUGGCCCAAGUGUGCGCUGCUUGGAGGGACGCUUCUUACCACAAGUCGGUGUGGAGGGGGGUGGAAGCCAAGCUGCAUCUGCGGCGGGCCAAUCCUUCUCUCUUCCCCAGCCUACAGGCCCGCGGAAUCCGGAGGGUACAGAUUCUCAGCCUGCGGCGGAGCCUCAGCUACGUGAUCCAGGGGAUGCCAAACAUCGAGAGUCUGAACCUGAGUGGCUGCUAUAACUUAACGGAUAACGGCCUGGGGCACGCGUUUGUCCAGGAAAUCCCUUCCCUUCGGGUUCUAAACCUUAGUCUGUGUAAGCAGAUCACGGACUCUAGCCUGGGCCGGAUCGCCCAGUAUCUGAAGAACCUGGAGGUUCUGGAACUGGGCGGGUGUAGUAACAUCACCAACACGGGGCUGUUGCUCAUAGCGUGGGGUUUACACCGGCUCAAGAGCCUCAACCUCCGCAGCUGCCGGCAUGUGUCUGACGUGGGCAUCGGGCACCUGGCGGGCAUGACCCGCAGCGCAGCGGAGGGCUGUCUCACCCUGGAAUACCUGACGCUGCAGGACUGUCAGAAACUUACGGAUCUGUCCCUCAAGCACAUCUCSAAGGGCCUGGCUAAGCUCAAAGUUCUCAACCUGAGUUUCUGUGGCGGGAUCUCUGACGCAGGUAUGAUCCACCUCUCCCACAUGACCAGCCUCUGGAGCCUUAACCUGCGCUCGUGCGACAACAUCAGUGACACGGGCAUCAUGCACCUGGCCAUGGGCACGCUGCGGCUCUCCGGGCUAGACAUGUCCUUCUGUGACAAGAUAGGGGACCAGAGUCUGGCUUACAUCGCCCAGGGCCUGUACCAGCUCAAAUCCCUGUCCCUGUGCUCGUGCCACAUUAGUGACGGCAUCAACAGGAUGGUGCGCCAGAUGCAUGAGCUGAGAAUGAACAUUGGACAGUGUGUGCGGAUUACAGACAAAGGACUGGAGCUCAUUGCCGACCACUUGACUCAAUUGACGGGGAUCGAUCUGUAUGGAUGUACUAAAAUCACGAAACGGGGACUGGAAAGGAUAACGCCUCCAUGCCUUAAAGUUUUGAAUCUGGGACUUUGGCAGAUGACAGAGAGUGAAAAAGUGAGGUGAAACUAACUUGGCGAGGAUUAGUUGGGGAGGGGACACACACAGAGAGGAGAAGGGGGAACGGAGCAGGAGACCAGUGGGCGGGGAAAUGUUCCUUCUAGAAAAUAUAUAUAUAUAUAUCCUCUGCUCUCAAUCUCGUCGUAGUUGGAUAUUUUCUCAUUCAAUGUAACUUAUUGCUACAAAACUGUGAUUAAAAAAUAUGUUGCGCAAUUUUAGGCCAAAUGAAAACAAGAUUAAUCAUCAUCAAAUGCAUGGUUCAUUAUUAACAACACAAUAUCCCGCCCCCGCAUUAUGAAAACAAACUACUUUUUAUUAUUCCUAAAGAGUCGCAAUAUUUAACUUCAAACUCUCCAACUAUCGCGCCUAAUACAUUUGGCUACCUCUUUAUCAAUGUGUUUGUAAAUCCGUGUAUUCUUAAAAAGAAAGAGAGGAGAUAAAUUGUGCCUAUAGACAGUUGUAGUCCCCUCCCCCAACGCGUCUCACGCUUGGAGAAUCCGAGCAGCA